AUGACUGGUGAAGAAGAUCAUAAACCACAUUUCGAUGCCUCCGGUGCCCAUCAAACCGAUGACGCAACCGCAACCGCAAUCUUAAGAAGAAAGAAAAAGGACAACGCCCUUAUUGUCGACGACGCCACCAAUGAUGAUAAUUCAGUUAUCACCAUGUCUUCAGCCACCAUGGAAUUAUUACAAUUAUUUAGAGGUGAUACUGUUUUAGUCAAAGGUAAAAAAAGAAAAGAUACCGUUUUGAUUGUUUUAGCUGAUGAUGAUAUGGAAAAUGGUGUUGCUAGAGUUAAUAGAUGUGUUCGUAAUAAUUUAAGAGUUAGAUUAGGUGAUAUUAUUACCGUCCAUCCAUGUCCUGAUAUUAAAUAUGCUAAUAGAAUCUCAGUCUUGCCUAUUGCUGAUACAAUUGAAGGUGUUAGUGGAUCAUUAUUUGAUGUUUAUUUAAAACCAUAUUUUGUAGAAGCUUACAGACCAGUUAGAAAGGGUGAUUUAUUUACAGUUAGAGGUGGGAUGAGACAAGUUGAAUUCAAAGUUGUUGAAGUCGAUCCUGAAGAAAUUGCCAUUGUUGCUCAAGAUACUAUUAUUCAUUGUGAAGGUGAACCAAUUAAUCGUGAAGAUGAAGAAAAUAAUCUUAAUGAUGUCGGUUAUGAUGAUAUUGGUGGUUGUAAAAAACAAUUGGCUCAAAUUAGAGAAUUAGUUGAAUUACCAUUAAGACAUCCUCAAUUAUUUAAAUCAAUUGGUAUUAAACCUCCAAGAGGGAUUUUGAUGUAUGGUCCACCAGGGACUGGUAAAACCGUAAUGGCAAGAGCUGUCGCUAAUGAAACUGGGGCAUUUUUCUUUUUAAUCAAUGGUCCUGAAAUUAUGUCGAAAAUGGCGGGUGAAUCUGAAUCUAACUUAAGAAAAGCAUUUGAAGAAGCAGAAAAGAAUUCUCCUGCAAUUAUUUUCAUUGAUGAAAUUGAUUCAAUUGCUCCAAAGAGAGAUAAAACCAAUGGUGAAGUUGAAAGAAGAGUCGUUUCUCAAUUAUUAACCCUUAUGGAUGGUAUGAAGGCCAGAUCUAACGUUGUUGUCAUUGCCGCCACUAAUAGACCAAAUUCUAUUGAUACUGCUUUAAGAAGAUUUGGUAGAUUUGAUCGAGAAAUCGAUAUUGGUGUACCUGAUGCUGAAGGUAGAUUAGAAAUCUUAAGAAUUCAUACCAAAAAUAUGAAAUUAGCCGAUGAUGUAGAUUUAGAAGCCAUUGCUGCCGAAUCUCAUGGGUUCGUGGGAGCUGAUGUUGCUUCAUUAUGUUCAGAAGCUGCCAUGCAACAAAUUAGAGAAAAGAUGGAUCUUAUUGAUUUAGAAGAAGAAACUAUCGAUGCCGAAGUUUUGAAUUCUCUUGGAGUUACAAUGGAUAAUUUUAGAUUCGCAUUAGGUAAUUCUAAUCCUUCUGCAUUACGUGAAACCGUGGUUGAAAAUGUUAAUGUCACUUGGGAUGAUAUUGGUGGUUUAGAUAAUAUUAAGAAUGAAUUAAAAGAAACUGUCGAAUAUCCAGUCUUACAUCCAGAUCAAUAUCAAAAAUUCGGAUUGGCUCCAACCAAAGGGGUUUUAUUCUUUGGACCUCCAGGUACUGGUAAAACUCUUUUAGCAAAAGCUGUUGCCACUGAAGUCUCUGCUAAUUUCAUUUCCGUCAAGGGUCCAGAAUUAUUAAGUAUGUGGUAUGGAGAAUCUGAAUCUAAUAUUAGAGAUAUUUUCGAUAAAGCCCGUGCUGCGGCACCUACCGUGAUCUUUUUAGAUGAAUUAGAUUCUAUUGCCAAGGCAAGAGGUGGAUCUCAUGGUGAUGCCGGUGGAGCUUCUGAUCGUGUUGUGAAUCAAUUAUUAACCGAAAUGGACGGUAUGAAUGCCAAAAAGAAUGUGUUUGUGAUUGGUGCCACCAAUAGACCAGAUCAAAUCGAUCCAGCAUUGUUGAGACCGGGUAGAUUGGAUCAAUUGAUUUAUGUCCCAUUACCUGAUGAACCGGCCAGAUUAUCGAUUUUGAAGGCACAAUUGAGAAAUACUCCUUUGGAACCUGGAUUAGAUUUAGGUGAGAUUGCUAAGAUUACUCAUGGAUUCUCAGGGGCUGAUUUAUCUUAUAUCGUACAAAGAUCGGCUAAGUUUGCCAUUAAGGAUUCUAUUGAAGCUCAAUUAAGAAUAAGUAAAGCCAAGGAAGAAAAAGAAGGUGCUACUGCAGGUGCAGUUAAGAAUGAAGAUGUUGAUAUGAAGACUGAAGGUGAGGAAGAAGAAGAAGAGGAUCCAGUUCCAUUUAUCACCAGAGCUCAUUUCGAAGAAGCUAUGAAGACUGCAAAGAGAUCGGUUUCAGAUGCUGAUUUACGUCGUUAUGAUGCAUAUGCUCAACAAUUACAAGCAUCUAGAGGACAAUUUGCCAACUUUAGAUUCGCAGAAGAUGGUGCUGCUGCUGAUGGUGCUGCUGGAGGUGCAGCUGAUGGAUCUACUGGAGGUGCUGCUUUUGGUAAUGUGGAAGAAGAUGAUGACUUAUACAGUUAG